AAAAUGGCGUAAAUCGAACGUGAAAACGUAAACAUUGGAUCUCGAUAGAGGGAUAAUAAAGCGAGGGACAAUUAAAAGUGUAAAAAAAAGCGCUGUCGAAGUUAAAUGUAAUUUCGAGAGCAAGCGAACGCGCGACGAUGAUAAUCCGGAAAAAAGUGUGGCCGCGGACUGUCAGCGAUCUGCUGUCGAUGGCCUUCGUGCUGGCCAUAGCGCCUCUCAUGUACUGGUUCGGAUUGUGGAUAAUAUUGCCGGGAUUGUACGGGGACGAGAACCUGGCGUACAAGCUCCACUUCGUCCUCGGUAGCUUCAUCAUGUUGAAUAUCGUAGGUAACUUCACGUACACGGUGCUGUGCGACACCGGCGUCGGCGGGCGCAUAGUGCCGGUGAGCACCGCGACGGUGGCGGACGGGUGGAGGCUGUGCGCGGUCUGCGAGUGCCUCGCGCCGCCCCGCUCCUGGCACUGCAACACCUGCGACACGUGCAUCCUGAAGCGCGACCACCACUGCGUGUUCACCGGCUGCUGCAUCGGCUAUUACAAUCACAGGUACUUCGUCAUGUUCCUGUGGUACCUGUUCCUCGGCUCGGCGUACGCCUUCUCCUACGGCAGCCUCUUCAUCUGGAGCCGGGUACCCUUCGAGUUUCCGAUGUCCAUCGUCAAGAUGGUCUUCCCCGUGGCGAUCUUCUUCUUCGGCUUCGACAGCUCCAUCGAUCAGUUUUACAUGCUGCUGUACGUCGUGUCGGUGGUGGGCACCCUGUACACCGGAGUGCUGUGCGUUUAUCACUUCAAUUUGAUUCUCAGAGGCGUCGUGGGCAACGAGAGCAACAAGAGAGACUUCACGUACGACGUCGGUUGGAAGGACAAUAUUAGGGAGGUGUUUGGCGAACGGUGGUAUCUGACGUGGUUGCUUCCUUACAUAAAGUCGCAGUUGCCCCACGAUGGAGUUUCAUGGUGUCAUUUGUGUUCGAAGAAAGAUUAAAGUUAAACUACGAUUGAGCGCUGUGAUUCUUCUCUAAACUAUGAAAUGUGUUAAAAGCAAACAUUUAGUGUCUCUGUUAAAAAAAAGGUAUCGAAAGAUACCUUGAUGGCCAAAGAAGAAAGAUGGAAUUUCAACAAUUAGGAAAAAAAGACUACACUUUUUUAAAUCAAAAGAUACUAAUGGAUAUACUCAUUGAAAUGAUUAAUUAAUACUUCAAAGCGUAUCUCUAUUCCAUAUAAUUAUUACUGUCAAUUUGUAAACAAGAUUUAUAUUGAACAUACAGUAUUACAUAAUUUUAAUCGCACAUACACAAAUCAACGUGUAUUUCUUUGGCACAACAUCUGAAAUUAUAUUAACAUUAUUAAUUAUUAAUAUUGUCUCUUUAUGUUAAAGUUGAAUGAACGCAAAAAAUUUUUCAA